CCUCAUAGACAUGCCCCCAGCUAUGUCUAAAAUAUAUAUUAUUAAUAAAUAAUGACUGACAAUAGUACACAUUGUUACGGCGGCAUUUGGUUGAAAAGUGAUGGCAAUCCUGUACGGUUAAAGGCAAAGUUAGCGGGUGCUGAUGAUUCCAUUGUUAAAUUUGAAUUUGAUAGGUCGAUACCUUCUGACGUUACUCCUAAAGAUGUGUUAGAGGCUCUGGGUGCGGUGGAAGUUGAGGGUGACAUCGCAGAUAUAACUGUAAGGGGACAUAGGCUUCAAUGCAAGUAUGUAGACCCCAAAUCUGUUAUUUUAAAUCUUGGAGAGAGUCCGGAGCGUUCACUAGACGUCACUGAUCGUUUCCUGGGGGUUGUAUAUGUAUCGCCUUCACUGGGUAAAACCACGAGUGCUUCGAAGUACUCUAUAGCGUGGCAGCAGGAGCCUAGUUACACAAAAUUCCACAAGGCACGCCCUUAUGGUUGUGACGAAUCAGCUAUUCCUGGACACACACGAUAGGGUCGGAACAAUGUAAUAUCGCUACACAUCUGUGUAAUUCCCC